AUGGCUGACUUCGUGUGGAAGGUCACUGUUUUCCUGGCUUUGUCUUCUGUGCUCAACUCCAGUGAUGGGCUGUUUCGUUCCUUAUACCAAAAUAGCCACGUUUCCACACCAAAACAGGGACAUCUAGGAAAGCCAUUAUUCCUUACUCCUUAUAUUGAAGCUGGGAACAUUGUGGAAGGGAAAGAAUUGAGUUUGGUCAGUCCUUUCCCAGGAAACAAUCUGAAGAGUUACUCAGGCUACAUCACCGUGAAUAAGACUUACAACAGCAACCUUUUCUUCUGGUUCUUUCCGGCUCAGGUACAGCCAGCUGAUGCUCCAGUAGUUCUCUGGCUACAGGGAGGGCCCGGAGGUUCUUCGAUGUUUGGUCUCUUUGUGGAACAUGGACCUUAUGUUGUCACAAGUAACAUGACCUUGCGCACCAGAGACUUCCCUUGGACCACCACGUUUUCUAUGCUUUACGUUGAUAAUCCAGUUGGCACAGGCUUCAGUUUCACGGAUAAUCCCCAGGGAUACGCAGUUAAUGAAGAUGAUGUGGGAAGAAAUUUGUACAGUGCACUGAUUCAGUUUUUCCAGUUGUUUCCUGAGUAUAAAGAGAAUGACUUUUACGCUACUGGGGAGUCUUAUGCAGGGAAAUAUGUGCCUGCCAUUGCGCACUACAUCCAUACCUUCAACCCCUCGGCAGAGCUGAAGAUCCACUUGAAAGGCAUUGCUAUUGGAGAUGCAUAUUCUGAUCCAGUAUCAAUUAUAGGGGGCUAUUCAGAAUUCCUGUACCAAAUUGGCUUGUUGGAUGAAGGGCAGGGAAAGUACUUCCAGAACCAGUGUGAUGAGUGUGUAAAACACAUCAAGGAGGGAAACUGGACGGAGGCCUUUGAAAUAUUGGAUAGACUGCUAGAUGGUGACUUAUCAAAUGAACCUUCGUACUUCGAGAAUGCUACAGGAUGUACUAAUUAUUAUAACUUUUUACAGUGCACGGAACCUGAAGACCAAACUUACUAUGGGAAAUUUCUGUCACUCCCAGAAGUGAGGCAAGCGCUCCAUGUAGGAAACCGGACUUUUAACGAUGGAACUGAGGUUGAAAAAUACUUGCGAGAAGACACAGUGAAGUCAGUCAAGCCGUGGUUAACUGAAAUCAUGAAUAAUUACAAGGUUCUGAUCUACAAUGGCCAACUGGACAUCAUUGUGGCUGCUUCCCUGACAGAGCGCUCCUUGAUGGCCAUGAACUGGACAGGAUCCCAGGAAUACCGGAUGGUGGGAAGGAAAGUUUGGAAGAUCUUUAAAUCUGAUGACGAAGUGGCUGGCUAUGUGCGGCAAGUUGGUGACUUCCAUCAGGUGAUUGUUCGAGGGGGAGGACAUAUUUUGCCCUAUGACCAGCCUCUGAGAUCUUUUGACAUGAUGAAUCGAUUUGUGUUUGGAAGAGGAUGGGAGCCUUACGGAUCCACCUGGGAAUUCCCUUGCUGGAGAAGUAAAUUUAGAAAGACAGAACCUGUUCUUACUGAAAUUAUUUUGUUUGUUCUUUUAAUUUCUCACUUUGUGCCUGAUUUUAUUCAGGAAGUUUGCAGCCAGCCCAGCGAUGAAACACAACUACCUAUGCAGAUGUUUACCUUUCCUGCAUACUGUAAAGGUUUCGGCUAUUAUGAUGCUGAAGAUUUAAAAAACCAAAGUCCAAAACCAAACCUGAAACGGAUUGAUUUUGUUAUGCGGUAG